AUGGCACUUGUCCGUCUCGCCACCUUUACUUCCGUCCUCGGGCUUGCCGGAUCAGCCUGGUCCCUGGAUGAUCCUGUCCACUUUGGCGGCAACGUCGAGAUCUUGGCGUCAGAGUGCGUCCCCAGCACCACCACAGAGACAGUCGUUUCGACCCUCGCGGUGACUGUGACAGUCUCGGUAGUUGACAACGCGUAUGGCGAUUUGGAAUCGUCCACUCCAGAACCAAGCACUCUCCCACCUCUCACGCUCACGAAUACAAACACUCUGACAACCACGACCUUUCGUACGCAGACUGCGUACUCUGGUCUUGCCAGUACUUCGGACUGCAUCACGGUGACCGUAACGAGUAAGUUUCCUGCCUACAAGCAGGAAGUUGAGAUGUUGACACUGACCAACCAAAUUCCCUUCGUUCAUCUGCAGGCCCCUGGAGCAACUCUAGCUCCCCUCACGGCACCGGCAUCUCCCUGA